GCGAUGGUUUCGAUCCAUUCGUUCUACAUUUGGAAGAGCCUCUUGCCAGUUUUGACAUGGGUCAGAGUUAUUGAGAACGAGCAGAGUUAAAUUUUCAGGAUGGCUGAUCCAGCGACUAUAACGGCAACAGUCAUAGCUGGCGUGGAUUUUGUAAUAAAACAAGGCAAAGGCAUAAUCAACCCUCUGAAGAGGAAACAUGGUUACGUAAAAAAUAUCACAGAGAACUACGACAGACUUGACGCGGAGUAUAAUAAACUUUGCACUCGAGAGAAUGAUAUAAAAAUCGGACUGGAGAGAUGCAAAACAGAAGAAGACGAGACAGGGGAAAGCCAAUUAUGGCGUAAAAACGUGGGAAAGAUGAAAGAUGACGUCGAAGCAUUGAAGAGUAAGUAUCAUAAACGUCCAACAGGAUCUAUACACUAUUUUAAUCUCAUGAAACUUGGUAAAAGAAUUGUGAAAAAGACGGAGGAGGUAGUUUCUCUUUGGAAUGAACGGGAAAAAAUACCAAGUCCAACGGUUAAGAAGCCGCCCGUUCUACAUACAAGCAUUCCUACCAACAAAAUUAUCAAAUUCCCAUCUGUUGAAGAAACUGUUAGAAAGCUACAGGAGUAUCUUGCAGAAGAAAAUAUCAAAACAGUUGGCGUUGGGGGACCAAUAGGAGUUGGGAAAAGUACAAUAAUGAAUCGUCUGCAGCAAGAAAUUGAGAAACCUAAUAACUUUGUGUUUUUAAUAAAUGUGGGCAAGAAAGGAGAUGAAAGAUACAUACAGAAUGAGCUUCUGAAGCGGCUCAAGGAAAAGCCCGAAGAACUCAGCGAUGAAGAAAAAAAGCAGAGGAUUUAUGAAAAGCUGAAGAACUACCAGAAUUAUUUCUUGUUGCUUGAUGACGUUUUUGCAAACGUUGAAUUGGAAAAAGUUGGCAUUAACUAUGAACAUAAGGGAAAGAUGGUCAUUGCGUCGAGGUAUAAACGAGUUUUUAUGCGCAUGGAUAAAGUUAUAGAAGUGAAGAGACUGUCAGAGGAGGAUGCCCAAAAUAUGUUCUGGGAUAGAGUUCCCAAGGAAUUGAAGGAUAAUCCAGACAUCAAGAGAGAAGCAGAAUUGAUUAUCAAGUUCUGCAGUGGCAUGCCAUACCUCAUAAAGUUGAUAGGAAAUUACUUGACUGAAAUGAGUCUUGCAGAAGAUGUAAACCGUGCAGCAGUAUGGCGAAACACUCGGCAUGCAUUAACAUCACCAACUGGGGAGCCCAAGGGAGAUUUGGAAACAGUUUACAAGUCCCUUAAACUUGAAAUUGACAGGCUGAAAACAAAUGACAGGUCUUGCUUUCUAUAUUUGGCAAGUUUUUCCUCUACCCAUGAACUUCUUCGUGAUAAUAUAAUUGAAUGUUGGAGAGCUGAACAAUUCUUAGAGGAUUACAAAAAGCUUGGGACGGCCCGUGACGAGGGGUGUCGUCUAUUGGUGUCUUUUGUCAACAAUUUUCUUCUGGAAAAGGGAACCAAGGAGGCACAAUACAAGAUGUUCGAGUUUUAUCAACGACUCGCCUCUAGAUUUGCCAAAAACAACAAGAAUUAUAUUCAAAAAUCAAGGAUCUUUGUGAUGAGCGAUUCAUCCUCAUCCACUUUGCCAGAUGAAUGCAAUUCUGAAAGAAUCUCCACAUUGUUACUUAAGGGAAUUAGUUGCCUUCCACAGUUUCCAUCACCAGUCUAUGAAUUCCUUCGACUUCUUGAAUUACACAAAGCAAAGAUUGCAACUCUUCCUUCAUCAAUCUCCACUUUGACGAAUCUCAAAGCCAUGUACUUAAAGAACUGUGAUCAAUUAAGAGUACUCUGCGAUGAGGUGGGAAAACUUCAUAAUCUCGAAAUUCUUGACAUACGUCAUACUGGAAUUUAUAAUUUGCCUCCGGUAGUAGGAAAUUUGACUACUCUUAAGUGUUUGAGAGUUUCAAUUAGGAACCAAGUUAAUGGUUCUGCCGGGGAGAUGAUUCCUCCCAAGGUAAUUGCACGGCUUCGUUCACUGGAAGAGUUGGGUAUUGAUGCAAAUCCAACUGAUGGAAGAUGGAAUCAGAUUGUAGAGAGUAUUGUUGCGGACGUUGCUACUCUUACAGAAUUGACCACUCUCUGGUUCUACUUUCCUAUGCUGAAUAGCUUCGAGACAUUUAUUAGUCAAAGUAAGUCAUGGAAUAGGAACCAUGAACAGGAAGAUAAAAGAUUCAGAUCAUUCAAUAUCAUUGUUGGUCAGCAGCAAGAAGAUUCUCUUACUGAAUUUGAUGACUCUAGAUGGUCAGAUGAAAAGAGGUUGAGAUUCUCCGCAGGUGAAGCCUUUCCUGAUGAGAUUUUAAAGGUAUUGGAGGAAGCAUCGUCUUUUGAGCUAAUUGCUCAUAAAGCUGCCAAUUUAUCAGUUUUCAGAGCUGAUAAUACAGCAAGGCUUGAAAUUUGUACAAUAAAAAAUUGCCCUGAAAUGACGAGCAUUAUUGAUGGUCACAACGCUGCGUUUCAACGCCUAAAGAAGUUGUACAUAGAUGAUCUUCCAAAAUUGGAGCACAUUUGGAAAAAUCCAGUAGUACCACCGAAUAGCCUUACCAGUCUCACAAUUUUAAAGAUAAAAGGAUGCCACAGUCUAAGAGUUCUAUUCUCAGGGACUAUGGUUUUGGGACUUAAACUGUUACAACAGAUUCAAAUUGAGGACUGCCAAGUCAUUAAAGAAAUUAUAGAGGAUGGAAGCGUAGCUGAUUCUGGGGCCUUUCCGAAUUUGAAGGAGUUGGAACUCAUUAAUCUUCCCUUAUUGUCUAAUAUAUGCAAUGUUGCAACAUCGACCUGGAAUUCUUUGGAAAUGCUGAAGAUUGAUGCAUGUGUGGAGCUAAAAAAUUUCCCAUCUACAUUCCAGAAGGCAGAGAAAUUGAAAUGCAUUUAUUGGACUCAAAGUCAAUGGAACCAAUUGGUUUGGCCCAAUGAUAACGAUGUUACAAAAAACCGUUUCCAAAAUCUGCAUCAACCCAUAUGA